GUUGCACCGGCAGACACUGGACGGUCUGCUAAGCGAAGUUUAAAAGGCUCUCCUGCUCUACAUAAAUACAACAGUGGAGGAACGAAUACUACCCAAUCCUCGAGCAUGAUGGAGAACGGCCGUGAUGAUCCUGAUAUCGAGCUCGUUGGGGUGCUCACUUUGGAAGAUAUUGUGGAGGAAAUAAUACAAGAAGAGAUUAUAGACGAAACUGAUGUGUAG